AUGCGAGACUCAUUAUAUUCCGACCAGGGAUCAGAUAUCGUAUCAUCGGACCAACAAAUAGAGACGUCCAAAGCUAGUCAGGCUAUAUCUGACGCACAUCUUACUUCAUUGGGCAAAAAAGGAGGGCUGAUGAAAUCGGAGACCGAUACUUCCGCAACCUUGUGGGCGGAUGCGGUUCAGCCUGCAGAAUUGCUUCAAAAGCCACAGAUCCAGCCUUCGCAGAAUUCAUCGAAAGUAAAUCAGAUAAAGAAGAGCGGACACAUCAUCGAGUCGAUACCUCCUGACUUCAAAUCUGAAGACAACGUUCGGGGGAAAGCAGGCAAGCAGGGCGACGCACCGGUUCGCGCGAUCGUCGAUCUACAAGACAAAGAUUUGAAGUACUUCAAGAACGUCGCAUCUGAAUACUACUACCGGGGCGAUUUCGCAAAUGCUAAAACUCGGUUCGAAUUUCUUGUCCGGAGCUAUCCAUCCUCACACAAGAGUAAAAGUUACUUUCGCCUGCGCCUUAGCCUUGCUCAGAUCACCUGGUUCAACGGAAAGUACAAAUCCGCCGAGGGAAUGUUCAAAGACCUUCAGUGUGAGAUAGAACAGGCAGCAGACACGGACACAGAUGCUAAGCUGAUUGGUGACACUGGAAAAGGCAUAGCACUGGCGCAAUUGAAACAGGGACGAACUCGUGACGCCAGGACCACUAUCCGGAGAUAUUGCCAACGGUUCGAGAACGCCCCUCAACCUUCGCUCCUGAGUACAUGGGCCCUUGUGCUUGCAUCUAGUGGCGCCUUCAGACACGCGUGGCAGCUGAGCAAAGAGGCUAUACAUCUUGCCGAAGGAAUCAUAAAACACCACAGCGGUCAUCGAGAAAAUCUCCAGAAACAGAACACUGAUGAGGUUCCAUACGAAAUUGCAAAACAGGACAUUUGUGAGGACGUGGUAAACACAUGCUUGUACAAUCACGCCCGCAUAUCAUCCGAGAUGGGGAAGCUCUCCGAUGCCAAUCUUGCCAAUGAAGAGGUACUCAAGGACCUACAGCAUCGACUUGGACCACAGCAUAUUAUAACACUUGAUGCAGCAAGUUUACGCGCUUGGCUGCUUGUGUAUGACAACAAACCAACAGAUGCCGGGGAAGAAGUUCUUUCGACUUUUCGGCAGAUGCGAGAACGUCUAGACGAAUCCCAUCCAUCAACUUUGCAGGCUAUGCAGACCCUUGUACUGAUGUACAAGAGCGAUGGGCGCUAUUCGGACGCGAAAGAAACCGCACUCUACCUCGUGGACAGAUGUGCAAAGAGUGAGGACCUCGGCGACGCGCAUCCCCAAACACUCAAAUCAAGAGCCAUCCUGGCUGAGGUACUGCUAGCAAUCGGUGACUGGGAUAAGGCCAAAACAAUUGCGCUUAGUAUCGUGGAUCAGGAAAAGACCAAUUCCUAUUUUGGCGUUACGUUAGCAACGAUCCUUCGCACCAAGGGAGAGUGGGACCCGGCACACGAAAAGGUCAUCGACAUCCUACUGCAUGAAUUGAACAAGUAUGGAGACCCAACAGAGGGAGAAGGGCAUCUGCGUCCUCUCUUAAGUCGGACACAAUCUUACAUGCGAGACGUCGAACCAGUCCCAGACAUUGACGAUAUACACAACCCGCUUACGGAAUUUAUGGGCGUGACAUUCAAGAAGAAAGAGCUCAAGGAAUUGCUUUUCUCUUCUGAUCGUCUCCGUCGUGGUAUCGAGCAACAUAUCGAACAGGGCUUCCCCGACCCAUUUCAGGGAUCAGAGCCGUUCCACGUGUACCCAUCCUUGAUACGCACUAUCCAUUGUUUAGCGCUCUGCGAGCAGGUCCGUGAUGAUGCGGAUCUGAACUUCGUGCACGAUAUGCUGGACAGAUUACUCACCAUCUUGAAUAAGGAACUGGGCCAGACUCACCGUCUCACCGUUAACAUCAACUAUGACAUUGCUGUUAACUAUCGCCUGCAGGGACUGCUUAAUGAGUCCCUGACUCUCAUACGAUUUGUUAUGGAGGAACGACUGAAAUGUCUUGGCUCAGACCAUCCGGACUAUCUAGUUGCUAGACAUCAGUAUGCUGUCACGCUAUUCGGGCUGAGAAAGUGGGAAGAGGCGCUCGACGAACAAGAAAUCACUUUGAGGACGCAGGAGUAUUUAUUGGGCGAUGGCCACGCCGACACAGUCAUCUCAAGAUACACGCUAUCUGGAAUCUAUGACUCACUGGGCCGUUUCCAAGAAGCGGACGACCUGUUGCACAAAGUUAUCGAUGACCAAAAGCGACUCUACGGUUCAGUAAGUGCGGACGCUAAUGGCCAUCCUAUUGUCCUGCGUAGCCGGGUGAGACAUGCGUUGAUUCAUCUCGAUAUGGGGAAGUACGACAGUGCAGAAGAAGAGCAGAGGAUGGUCUACAACCGACGGCGAGAGAAGUUCAGUGAAGAUCACAGCCUCACUCGCAACUCGAAGAACGAUCUGGCUCAGAUCCUACAAGCCGCUGGAAAACUCAAAGAGGCUAAAGACCUAUACUUGGGUCUCGAGAGGGACACUUCGUCCAUUCUGAAGUUUCGCCCAGAAACACUGUCGCACGAGACAGCAUUCCUUUUCCUGGUUCAAUCAAAUCUUGCAUCGUGUUUGUUCGAUCUCGCAAAAAGCAGCGAGGACUACGAAGAGGCCAAGAAAAGACAGGAAGCGCUCUAUUCGCAGAUGAAGAAGUCACCGCCUACGUAUCUAGCGGACGAGCGCUUGAUCGCGGUAGCAUUCAACCUCGCUCUGACCUACAAAGCCAUGGAUAGCCAUCUCGACGCAUACGAUAAGUUACACGAGGCAGCCGUGACUUCAAGAGGACUGUUGGGUGACGAGCAUCCGCAGACAAAGGAGCUUAUAGCGACAUUGACAGCUUGGUGGGAGGAAGGAACGGCUUUUCGUGAUCAGCAAGAGCGGAAUAAAGCUCAUUCCGAUAGCAACGGCCGCACUUUGGCUUUCAACCCUGGCGUUCUACAUCCAACACCCGCCGUUGACGGCAAUCUCGUUGCGCCGCUUUGA